GGCAUCGUAGUCGAGGUCACGUGUGGGCGGCGCAAUGUCAUCGCGAGGAGAGCCAGCUAUGUUUGCGAGAGGACUAGCAAAACCAGCGCGCUGCUUUUCGGGAGAAACGGUACUCUUGUAUGAUUUUUCGACUUGUGAGCCUUAAGAAAAUUUCUCUCACAUGUGAGCAAGAUUCUAAUCGCUGGAUGACAACUGCAACAUCAUCAUCAAUCAUCAUCAACAGGUAUCUUCUUCGAGCGUGUGCUGCUACUGUUGCUACGGUGUCACUUGGCCUUUCUCCUGCAUUCACUCCUCUUGCUGGUGGCGCAGCUACCGGGUGUUGGUGCUAUCAUGCUAUGCGCGCUUUUGCAGUGUGUUGCUGUGGACCGGUCACUUACCUACAACGUUGACUCGUACGUCGCAUGGGAC